AUGCCAGUGUUCAGUGGGGUGUUGAAGGUGCGUGUGUGUGAGGCGGUGGAUUUGAAGCCCACCCCCUGGGCACUCCGCCAUGCAGGGGGGAAGAACUCAUCCUCAUUCCUCCUGGACCCCUACCUCACCCUCAACCUGGACCAGACCCACCUGGGACAGACCUGCACCAAGAACAGAAGCAACUCACCUGCAUGGAACCAGGACUUUACAGCCCAGAUGACGGACGGACGGAAAUUGGAGAUGUCAGUGUUCCAUGAUGCACCAAUCGGAUAUGACGACUUUGUGGCUAACUGCACCAUACAGCUGGAGGACAUUCUGCAGAACGGCAGCACACACUACCAGGCCUGGGUUGAUUUAGAACCAGAGGGGAAGGUCUAUGUGAUUAUCGAUCUGUCAGGAUCUUCUACUGAAGCCAAUGAGAAUGAGGAGCGUGUGUUCCGAGAGCGGAUUGGUCCUCGGCGGCGGCAGGGGGCCGUCCGGAGGCGUGUUCACCAGGUUAACGGACACAAGUUCAUGGCCACGUAUCUACGGCAACCGACCUACUGCUCACACUGCCGAGACUUCAUCUGGGGAGUACUCGGAAAGCAGGGUUACCAAUGCCAGGUGUGCACAUGUGUGGUCCACAAGCGCUGCCAUGAGCACAUCAUCACCAAGUGUGCCGGGAUGAAGAAGCAGGAGGACACACCAGAGGAGGUUGGUGCCCAGAGGUUUAGUGUCAACAUGCCUCAUAAGUUCAGCAACCACAACUACAAGGCCCCUACCUUCUGUGACCACUGUGGAUCUCUACUAUGGGGACUAAUGAGGCAGGGCCUGCAAUGCAAGGUGUGUAAGAUGAAUGUCCACAAGAGGUGUGAGGCCAACGUAGCUCCCAACUGCGGGGUGGAUGCCAAAGGCAUCGCCAAAGUCCUGGCUGAAAUGGGAGUCACCCCUGACAAGAUCUCCACUACCGCACAGCGCAGGAAAAAGUUACCCCCAGGGUUAGACUCCCAGUCACCUUCAGAACUCUCAGACGAGCUUCCCCUCACCUCACCCUCACAGCAAGAGCUGUCCGAGUUGGAGCGGCUACAACCGGGGACGUCGCUAGAGAUGCAAGGUUCUCCCUCCUCCUCCACAUGCUCCUACGCCUCCUCUACCUCACGGGAGAACGGAGCAGUGAGGAGGACUCUCAAAGACUUCAGUUUCAUUAAGGUCCUGGGGAAAGGAAGCUUUGGAAAGGUGAUGUUAGCAGAGCUGAAAGGCAGUGAGGAGGUGUUUGCCGUGAAGGUGUUGAAGAAGGAUGUGAUCCAGCAGGAUGACGAUGUGGACUGCACCCUGACAGAGAAGCGCAUCCUGGCCCUGGCACGCACACACCCCUACCUCUGCCAGCUCUACUGCUGCUUCCAGACCCGGGACCGUCUGUUCUUCGUGAUGGAGUACGUGAACGGAGGAGACCUGAUGUUUCAGAUCCAACGCUCCAGGAAGUUUGACGAGGCUCGCUCUCGCUUCUACGCUGCUGAAGUUACCUCCGCACUCAUGUUCCUGCACCGCAACGGGGUCAUUUACAGGGAUCUGAAGUUAGAUAACAUAUUGUUGGAUGCAGAGGGACACUGUAAGCUGGCAGACUUUGGCAUGUGUAAGGAGGGCAUCAUCAAUGGAGUCACCACCACCACAUUCUGUGGCACGCCUGACUACAUAGCCCCUGAGAUCCUGCAGGAGCUGGAGUACGGUCCAUCAGUGGACUGGUGGGCUCUGGGAGUGUUAAUGUAUGAGAUGUUGGCUGGCCAGCCUCCGUUUGAAGCAGACAACGAAGACGACCUGUUUGAGUCUAUCCUCCAUGACGAUGUCCUCUACCCCGUCUGGCUCAGCAAGGAGGCUGUAUCCAUCCUCAGAGCUUUUAUGACAAAGGCUCCAGCCCAGAGGUUAGGGUGUGUGUUGUCUCAGGGCUGCGACGAGGCCAUUAAGAAACACUCAUUCUUCAAAGACAUCGACUGGACCCUGCUGGAGCAGAGACGACUCAAACCCCCCUUCAAACCACGCAUUAAGACGAGGCGUGAUGUGAAUAACUUUGACGAGGACUUCACCAGAGAAGACCCAGUGUUAACUCCCACAGACGAGGCUGUUAUCAGACAGAUCAACCAGGAGGACUUUAAAGGCUUCUCUUUCUGUGCAGAGAUACAGACAUGAGAACUCUACGGUUUACGUGUGUGUAUAAAGCCUGUGUUGAUUGGUUACAAAGUGUUGUGUCUGUAGAGAAGUCUGAAGCAUGGACCGGUGCUACUGGUUACUAUUAUUAUUACUGUCCACUGUAGUGAGAAAAACUAUACCUGGGGUCAAGUACAUCUGUCAAAUACAUUCGUAAAAUACCUGUGUUGUGCUUUAUUUGGUUUGUCUGGUACAAAGGAACCAAUAGAAUAGUCCCAAAAUUGCAAACUCCAAUGUGAAAGAAACGCACCGCCUGACCCUGAUUAUAUAUAUUUUAUCGGUGUGUUUAUUUCUUGGCUGGAUAUGUAUUGUAUUGUUUAUUUUCUUGACUGGAGAUGUAUUUGAUUGGUUAAUAUUGUUUUGUUUGUACAGUUUGUUUCAUUUGCUUAUGCGUCAGUGUCCCACUGGUUCAUUUCAGCUACUUUCACCCAAUCAGAGACGAGUAGUCCUCAAUGUAGUACAGACUACCUCACUCUCACACUCCGUGUGUGU